AUGUACUUCCAGACUGCAGAGGGCCGAGUCCCGCCGCUCAGCGUCUCGAGCAUCAAGACACUCCACCAGCCUGUCCGCCAACAACUUCCGCUGCAAUUCAGCGUGACUUCGACUGCCGUCAACAAGAACUUCGUGAUGUACAAGUGCGACGUGUCGAGCGUGACAACCGACCACUCCUGGAGCGUGUGCUACCGCUACUCCGAUUUCGCAGCGUUUACCAAGAGCGUGGAGGAAGUGUGGACGUGUCCUAACACCAAGUGCAGCGGCUCGUGCCAGGUCAUUCGCGAGUUCAUCUGGGCCAGCUUCCCGCACAAACGGCCACCGAUCAUCUCGCGAUCUUCGCGCACUAUCGCUGACCGCAAGAGCAAGUUUGAAUCCGUGGUGAACUACCUGCUCCGCUGCGUGCUGCUUCCUGGUAGCGCCAUGAAGUGCCUCCACGCUAGAAGGAACCUGCCGACAAACGUGUUCAAAUUUCUCGGUGUCCAGCUCGAAGACGACAAACGGUCACUGCUGCAAGUAUUCAUCGACAACUGCCAAGCUUCAGAGUCGAAGUGCAGCGAAUCUGGGCUUUUGGAUAGCUUCCACUCGGAUGCGUCAACGGUGGACUCGACGGAAUCAGCGCAGUGCAUGAUCUGCCUGGAUGAAGUGGAGCUUCGAAACGCCGCCGACGAGUGUUGCCACGGUUCAGAUUUAUCGAUAACUCUGCCGUGUCAGCACGUAUUCCACCGCGGAUGCAUCUUUGAGUGGCUGCUCUUCCAAUACCACUGCCCCGUGUGCCGCGCCCGAGUUGGUCCGUCAGCAGUGACAACUUAUUGCCAAGAGAAGAACUAUAUUCUCCAGUGGUGGCUCAGCGACUUUGAAGACGACCCGCUUACCGCGACAAGCCCCAUGUAA